UUAAAAGAAUCUGAAUGGCUACUGUAACUUUAUUUCUCUGCUCUCUGCUGGGAAGUGUUUCUCUUGUGUAUGGACAAACUUCGAACUUGAUUCGACUGGCAUCACCCACUGAGCCCUCUGGCACUGACCACACUGGAGAGAUCAUCUCGUUCUCUGAUGUUGGAUCAGGAGUUGGUACUAAUCCACGAGCCUGGUAUUGCUACACUGACCCUGCUGGUGUAGUGUGGCAGGGUCCUGGUGGGAGUACAUUGCCCAUAGUUCUGGGCAGGGCUGCAGUUGAUGAUGAACUGUUCAUCAGUGGUAUUAAUAUUCCUGGAGCCGUUGUUCUGCAUCGUGGUCCCAUGCAUUUCAGUCCUGAUGGAGAAUAUUGCUGUGUGAGGAGUGCUCAAGACCCUGCACAGAGGAGAUGUGUCACCUUCACUCCCUGCCCCACACUGAGUCCACUGUCUAAUGGAAGGAUCUCAUACAAUGCAACCACCAACAUGGCCACCUACACCUGUGAUACUGGGUACACCAUCAGUGGAGCUACUCCGAUAACUUGUAUGAGUGAUGGUACUAGUGCUGGUACCUGGUCUCCAUCACCACCUGCAGUUACUUGUACAAUCGUCACCUGCCCUGUCCUAACUUCCCCUACCAAUGGAGCCUUGUCCACUACUAGUCGGGACUACCUCACUGUUGUUACAUACAGCUGUGAUACUGGCUACGUCCUCACUGGUAAUAGUGGUAGUGCUAGAACAUGUCAAGCUACUGGUCAGUGGUCAGGAGUGGCACCAACAUUUACUUGUCCACCUGUUGACUGUGGUUCCCUAGCCACCCUCUUCAAUGGAGUAGUGGACACAUCCUCUGGAACCACCUUCAUGAUGACUGCUACCUACACCUGUAACACUGGAUACAACAUUGUUGGCAGUGAGAGCAGAACUUGUGGAGCAAGUGGAACAAGUGGAGCAACUACACCAAGUGAUGGAGUUUGGAGUCCAGCUGCACCAGUUUUUUGUGAAAUUGUCAACUGUGGUUCCCUGGACGACCCGUCCAAUGGAGCAGUGGACACAUCCUCUGGAACCGCUUUCCUCCAAAGAGCUACCUACACCUGUAACCCUGGAUACACUCUGACUGGCGGAGAUAUGACCAGAACAUGUCAAGUUAAUGGAAUGUGGAGCUCUAGCGAACCUGCCUGUGAAUUCAUUGUCCUGUCCAUUGGAGGCACUGUCUACAACACUAACAACACAGCUCUGUCCUUCUCCCUCAUUGGAGAGGGCUCCUCUGCCCUCACCUGUCACACUGAGCUAUCCACCUGCUGCAGGGAACAAGACAACCCCAAUGGAGGGACUCUCGGAGGUUGGAGAGGACCAGAUGGGGUCAGUUUACCUUCAGAGGCUGACUUUGGAGCAACAGCUGAGGGAGGAUUCUACGUCACCAGAGGUGUCAGCACUAUCAGCCUGAAUCGACGAGGCACUGUUACUUUUGCAGGAGGUCUCUAUUGCUGCACUAUUCCCAGAGCUAGUGGUGCCAAUCAAACAUUCUGUGUGGACGUGCAGGUUCCUAUAUCAGCAACUGAGCCAGCAAGUACAUACACUGAUGGACCUACAGUUGCACUGGGAGUGUUGCUAGCUUUCUCUUUUGUUGGGAAUAUUGUGUUCAUAGCUUUACUGAUAGUUGGAAGAAAACGUACACAAACAAGAAGUGAGCUCAGUGAUCAUGAGACCUACAGGAAAGAACAACAACAGCCAGUUUACGAAGCACCAGACCAGGUGGCCUUUUAUGAAGAUGUGAGCAAGCUGAGUGUGAGUGGCCCCCCCACAGCUAUUGAGCUGAGUGAGUGUCCAGCGUACGCAUCCACUGAGUCAGGGGGUGGGCAGAGGAGAGAGGAACAUUGUGUCUAUGACAAUUAACACUUGUUAUUAUAUCUUUGUAUUACUAGUAAGUAUGUAUAUGUGCCCUUUCGUUUUUUUUGCACAAAGACUGAUAUUAAAGUUUGUUUACAUGUCUUUUGUAUUGCUCAGACACUACUUGUUGAAAAUUUGUAUUUAA